GCGGUGAAUCUUACCUCCGUGUUCAAGCAAGUUGUGCCGACGUCGGGAUUUGCAGUCGGCCAAAGUUCCGCUAUCCCUUCUUAAAAGCCGCAACGCCUAGUUCAACGACAAUGCUUUCAUCGCGAAGCCUUACCAACAAAGGGCAUUGAUCUAUACUUUCUAUAUUCCAACUUAGAGAUGGAGGUGGGCUCUUGUUGCUUAAAGGCCUUCGAGUGGAACGGCACACCUGAAGGCCGAAUCGAUAAGCUCGAAGGUCACGACGUCUACAUCACCGGCCACAAUCCUGGCGUGGCCGUACUGUUCAUUCACGACCUGCUUGGUUGGACCUUUCCCAACGCACGUCUUCUUGCAGACCACUAUGCCCGCGAAGCCAACGCUACAGUUUACUUGCCGGACUUCUUCGAUGGUUGGGUCGUGGAGUUUGAGCCAGUUCUUGCCGGUCGAUUCCAUGAGAUCGAUCUGGAGAGUUUCCACACAGACAACGCUCGUAAUGUUCGAGAGCCCGAGAUCUUCAACUUUGCGAAGGCACUGCGAGGGAGGCAUGACCAUGUUGGAGCGAUAGGGUUCUGCUAUGGAGGCUGGGCUGUGUUUCGUCUUGGCGCGAAGGAGCAUAACCCCCCGUUAGUUGAUUGUAUCUCGGUCGGACAUCCGACCUGGUUGACUAAGAAGGAUAUGGACGAGGUUGCGGUUCCUGUACAGAUGUUGGCUCCAGAGAUUGACCCGGUCUUCACAGCUGAGAUGAAGUCAUAUUGCUUCGAAACAGUGACGAGGAAAGGUGUACCCUUUGAGUAUCAUCACUUCCCCGGAGUUGAGCAUUCUUGCUUCGUUAGGGGUGAUCCAGGAAAGUCCGGAGAGCGAGAGGCUAUGGCACGGGCUAAAUCGGCGGUUGUGAGCUGGCUAAACACGUUUCUCCACUGACUGGAUUAUCUUUGCCAUAGAAGCUGCCUCAUCAUCAGGUCAAAAGUGAGCAUUUUUGGCAUAUGAUUGGUCCCGAUUUACAGGAUUUGACUAAGUCAUUGUGAUGUUCAAACCCCUCGUGGAGCGUUGCCUUCUGCGAUCUUCUGGAAAGUUAGAUUGAGAUAC